UCAGUUGACUUGGACCUGGUGGCUGUGUCAUAUGUCUUGUAGAUUUACGGUUGUUCGGCUCAAUAUCACGGCAUGAAGACUGCUGUUUUUGUUUUCUAUGGGACAAUACACUGAAAAUCGACGUAACACAACACUGUGUUGGAGAUUACUUUAUCUGCAAGACAUAUGUCUUAUUUCCUGAAAGGCUACCAGUGAUUAGUAGUGAAUACUCGAAGAAUAAAUUAUACUCUUCCAACAACAAUAAUCCGAAGUUUGCUACGAAAACUGUCCACUCGCUUUCUUCUAUCCUCCAAAGUUUAUCGCUUCUGAAAUUCAUCUUAUUCGACUGACUGUGUUAUCAGUGGAACUACAAGACAUUCUCACUUAAAAUGCAAAGUUCUAUAUCUGCAAGACUUAAAAUUAGCUGAAUCUCUCCAGAAUUUCCAAAGUUUUAACCCAUCCAACGUUUACCAACACUACGGACUGCAAUAUUCAUUCAAAGUUCUUUGACAGUGAAAUUUAAAAACCUCACGCUCCGCGUCAUUUGACCAGUUUGAAUUGCUAUUAACCCUAUCAAUCACCAUAAAACCUACUAUCCUUUGUAAUGUCAACAAAAAAAAAACAUAUGACAUAAUUAUGUGAAUUUAUUUUCGUGCAGCUCUAAUUUGAACAGCUAUCAACAGUGGGGCACAAACUGUUUGUAUUUCAUACUUUAGUCAAUGUCACAAACAUCGAGAAACUCACAAAUGCAACCUGCAGAUCUGUUUUGAAUUGCUCCGAACAGAAGAGAGAUCCAAGUUAUUUGUUCAUCCAGUCGACAUUGACAGAAAUCGAGCAAGUGUGUGAUAUCAGCUGCUGCAGCUGCAUCAUUGUUUUGAGCUGCAGUCGCAAGCACAAGCCUCACCAUUCUGUCACCGCUUCAGCUGCGGCAUUCCCCAGCCGCCAUGCUCAACAAUUUGAGCCUAAUCGGAUCAGGCUACUACGACGGCAUGGUGUGUUCGGGCGGUGGUGGCGGGGGCGGGGGUCACAAAGACUGCGACGAACUGAAAUCAUCACGGCCGGGUCACGGUCUCGGCCACGGUCACGGUCACGGUCACGGACCACCGACGGCAGCAGACCUCAAGGUGCACCAUCACGCCGACCUGAAGGCGGAGCAUCUGCACAGUCACCACAGUCCCGGGGGCGGUGGACGUCUCAUUGGAGGCGGCGGUUUUGAACCGCCUUCACUGCCGCCUCCACCCGGGAGUGGUUUGGACGACUCAAAACCGUCAAAACAAAAGCGGCACAGAACGAGGUUUACACCUGCACAACUCAACGAGCUUGAACGAUGUUUUUCGAAAACGCACUAUCCAGACAUCUUCAUGCGGGAGGAGAUCGCUAUGCGAAUCGGCUUGACUGAAUCCAGGGUGCAGGUAUGGUUCCAGAACCGUCGCGCCAAGUGGAAGAAGCGCAAGAAGACGACGAACGUGUUCCGAACGGGUCACGGGGGGUCGCUGCUGCCCUCACACGGCCUGCCCCCCUUUGGGGUGGGGGUCGACGGCCUCUGCCCCACGGCCAGCAUGUUCGCCUCGGCUGCUGCUGCCGACACGCGGUGGCACGGCGUCACCUCCAUGACCACUGGUUUGUCGCAGCUGUCGCAGAGCGGCGUGUCGAUGAGUGGAUUCGCCAGCCACGGCCACCAGAGCUCAGUGCUGCCAACCAUUGCCACCUCAAUGGCCAGCAACGGAUCCACUGUCUACCAGGCGCACUACGGCCUCAACUCGUUAGAUCCAGUUUUCUACGGUCAUGACACUGGAGGAGGGGACACGCUCAACUGAUUCGAUCAGAAAGCCCAAUUCACACCAAUUGCGACAUCUGCGGCAAGGCCGAUUCACAGCUAUUCCAGCGAGCCCAAACGAGCACAUCAUCAAAUGCAGAGCGACUGUAACUCUGCCUCGGCCUCGGCCUAUAGGGCAGUGACCCACACAUGUAAAUAAAAUUGUGAUCUUGUUUUAUGUGAACUGGUACUACUAAUCUGAAACAUAGAAGUUUAUGCAAACCAAAUGUGUUGACUUGAUAGUUGUUACUUAUCAGCUGAACGAAUGAGGCUCAAGCUGGGUUGCACCAACCGAGAUCAACUAUUUUGGUCAUACCUACUCAGCAUCUCAGGAAAGAGAUUGUUGCAGCUGCAACCCAGCAUCAUUGUUUAGUGAUUAGCCUCUAGCCAUCAAACCUUCGAUAUUGAUAUUUGAUAUUUUGAUAACAUCGAUGGCAAAAUUGUUAUUCAGAUAGCUGUUCUGUAUAUCAUACCUAUUCUAACCCUACAAGUAGGCCUACAUAUAUUAUUUCCUCUCCAAGUAAACACUUUUGUAAUAUAAACUAAUUUUACUAGAGUAUUGUUGUAGCCUACUGUUUUGUACUCAGUGAGCAUAGCCCUCAAGCUUUGUGGAAAACAUCCUGUAGCCUACAGAUAAGGUAAUUACACUCGAAAAGGAAAAUAUAAAUUAUUCCACUGAAUUUUAUUACAAUAGUUUUUCAUAUAAGAUGGAAGUGCUCUGUUUUGCUGCCGAUUGUCUAAAUAGAUUAUUAUUUGACGUUGCAAAAGCACCUUGAUGUUGAAACAUUACCAUCAUGACUUCAAGACUAGUAGCCUAUAUGUGGAUAAAUGAGUGAAAGGUCUGUCAUGGAUGUAAUUAUUCACACUUUUUUGUGUGAAAAAUAUAAUUAAUGAUGCUAGCAAUUGAAAUCAGUUUUCACCAACUAUCCACAAAACAAAUUCUGGAAUAUUCAUCUUCCGAUCUGUGAGGGAUUAUGCAGGGGCUCCUCAUGGUUUAUCACACUUUGUAUUAAGUAUGUUUGUUCAAGUUACUAUUGUGUAAAGGGGAGUUUACUACAAGUGAUAACAUACAGAUAUCAGUUUUCAUGUAAGUACAAUGAUUCAUUGUAAAAUAUAAGCGCUAUGAUACUCACGAUAUACACGAAUGUGUGAAAGGGAUAUAUUUGUCUAUUAUUUGGCUGCUCAGUUAACAAUACGAUUAUUGCAGAGUUGUUGAAAUACAUUAUUACAAUUUCUUUCAUGACCCUCUACUAUUGAGUUUAAAUAAUAUUCACUCUAAAUCAUCUACAAAGGGAUAUCAUAUAUUCAUAACCACUUGUUUUUAUUGUUUUAUGAUUCAUAGGCUAUAGAAGCAAAUAUACCAAAAGGACGGUACUUAACUACUCGUCAUUUUCGAAAAGUAUGUGAUUUCAUAAUUCAAUUACACAUCUUUGAACAUAUAUUUUUAUAUUUUCUGUCAUUUUUUAAACUGAUAAAUUUUUAGUACGGUGAUGUGAUAUUGUGAUUCGAAAUUUUAUUGAUUUUAUAAUUUAAAAUAGUCUCGUGCAAUAAUUAUAGAAAAAAAUGUGAUCUAAAUUUCUCACAAAUAAACACUACAUUAUAUAUUGAAUAUUUCUCAUGAUGAAUUGGAGUUAAGUUUAUUUGGUUGAUAUCAUCUAAAGAUUUGACAAAAUAUAUUUUCAGAAUAAAAUUUUUCUGAAAUACAAACUAAUAUGAUAUAUUAUCAACUUCUGAAAUUGGAAGGCUACCCACCCAUUCUGGAAAAAAUAUAGUUAAAGUACAUUAACAUUCUGUACUCAAUAUUGUAAUGGGGUAUUUUAACUAGAAUUUCACAUUCAAUAAACCUUGCAGUUCAUUAUUAAUUUUUAUCGAUUGGCAAUAAUACGAUCAUCCAUGAAACACUAAUGUCAGUUCUGUUUAUCAUUUAUAUUGGAAUUGGAAGUGAAAUAAUACUGUGAUUGCUAUUUGAUUAUGAAUAAUCUAAUAAUAUUAAUAAUCCCUAAUAUUGAUUAUGAAUCCAUUACCACAUUUAUUUUUUCCUUGACAGUUGUAGGAGGAAAAGUGUAAACAUUCAAGCUGGGGGCAGUUUCUAGCUCCCUUCAUCUCUCAUUAUUCAUUUUUUAUCAUUCCAGAACGCUGAUUAAGAGGCAUUCAAUGUAGUCAGAGAUGUUUUCAAAAAGUAUAACUAUUCAUAGUGUUUCUAGAAUUUAGGAAGAGAAAAUGUAAAUAAGAAUAAAAUUGUUUAUAAAUACUAUAGCCGUAUUAAUUAUUAUUACAAUAUUAUAUGAGGAUUUUGAAAUUAUUAGACAUAGUGUUACAAUGACUAGUGAAUCGUAGAGUAUAAUGUUUGUCAUAGAUUUAAAAAGAAAUAUUGGAUGUGAACUUCAAGAUGUGUUUGAAUUGAUAAUAAAUAAAACUGUUCUACUCAUUACACACAACCAUAGUAAUUGACAUCUAAUUGAUUUUUACCUUUUUACACAUUAUAUAUUAGUUUUUAAAUAUUUACUUAUUUAGUUAACUGCUCGCAUACAUCUAUGAACUGUGUAGAGUUGUGUGAUUGACAUUUCCAAUAUUAUUGAGAAUAAAUUCCACAUUUUAGUGUACCUAUUUUUAUAAUGGUUUAGGAAGUUUCAAAAUGUUAUGUAACGUUGCUUUCUAGCUUUCUCCACUAACUACUCUACACCAAUUCCUCUGGAUUUGAAUUCCUUUCUCACCUCAUUUGACUUAUUGGAGUGAUCAUAAUUUUUUGGUUCAAUCUAAUUUUUAAAAUCGGUUAUCAAUGGUACCUUAUAUAAUGGUAGUAUAUUUUGCAAGAAAGAAUUAUAUCAGUACUGUAUAGAAUAUUUUUCAUUUCUCUGUUACACAAACAUUGUUGUUUACUGAAAAACUACUGUUCCAUGGAAUAAUAAAUAGUUCAAGAAUAUUUUGAGUGUUUUGUGUAGAUAAAUGUUUGAAACUUUUGUGAAAAAGGCAAAAUGUGAGGGAUGUGCAAUAAAAUUUGCAGAUAGA